AUGGCCGGUCUCCCGGACACUGCAGGCACUGCGCAUUGGACAGUCUCGGUGGAGAUGAGCAGCAAUACUCCGCAAUGGUGGUUUGUCGUCGUCACCUUUCCCUUCUCAACGCCGUUUAUCGCUCGGAUCCACGGUGGUGGCUUGGCGGGUCUGGAGAACAAGUUCUGCAGGCCGAAUCACCGCGUCGAGAUCUCCCCUGCCACGCUCCAUGCGUCUCCGCCCGAAUGGAUUAUCGCCAUGAAACCGCGUGGAUUGCUGAUCUUGGCAUCUCUUGGAACACUCCUGAGUCCUGACUAG